GAGCUGAGCAGAGCUAGGAUCUGUGUGGUAGUUUCAGGAACUGCUGCAUCUUCAGGCUGGAGAGGACGAUGGUUGGGAAGGCCAGAUCCUCGAAUUUCACUUUGUCUGAAAAGCUUGAUUUGCUGAAACUUGUCAAGCCAUAUGUUAAUAUUCUGGAGGAACACACCAACAAACAUUCAGUCAUAGUGGAAAAAAACAAAUGCUGGGACAUCAUAGCUGACAACUACAAUGCCAUUGGAGUUGACCGCCCUCCUCGCACUGCCCAGGGCCUGCGCACCCUAUACAAAAGGCUCAAGGAAUACGCCAAGCAAGAACUCUUACAGCAAAAGGAGACCCUUUGUGACUACAAAAGCUACAUCUCUGAACCGACUAAGAAAGUUGUGGAAAUGAUCCCUCAGAUUUCCACUGUGUGUUUGAGAGAGAGGAAUAAUCUGCCAUGUGCUACCCUGGUAAAAGAAACAGUUGCUACUACAAGUUCUCCUCAGCUAAUGUUGGAGCACCAUCCUGCUGCCAUCACACUGGAAUUGGAUCCAGAAGAAGAGGAUGUGAAGCCACCACCUUCACUAAUACUUGAAUUGCAAACACAGGAUAACUUGGAACAAAGAGAUCAGCAACAUAUGGUCCAUGUCAUGGAGAGAUCUCCAUCAACUUCCCUGUCUUCUGUGGAUAUAAGAAUGCUAUCUCCAUCGCCUAUCCCCAGGCGAGAUGAGUUUUUUAGGCUCGAAAGUGGAGAACGAUUUAGGCCAGCAUGUGGAGGGUAUGAUCCACAAAUGUUGCAAAUGCUAAAAGAAGAACAUCACAUAAUUUUGGAAAAUCAAAGGAAAAUUGGGCUCUAUAUCCAAGAAAAAAGGGAUGGGUUGAAAAGGAGACAGCAGUUGGAAGAAGAACUUUUGAGAGCAAAAAUUAAAGUGGAAAAAUUGAAGGCAAUACGAUUACGUCGUGAUCUUCCUGAAUUCAAUAGUCUUUGAAUAUAAAACGAUUCUGCUACAUAAAACCGUGCUUAUUCUAUAUUUGAUUAUAGAAGAUCAGUUACUUUAUUUGGAUGGAUUGGAAAUGGAAGGACAAAAGAACUUAUGUUUUUUUAUUUUGGAUUUCAUUCAUGUUUGCAAGAAAUUGAAAGACAGUUUUCAAUGGUUUUCCCAGAUUUCAAGGAAAACCACAUCUAAGACUUAAAAAAAAUCCUUUUUGAAAUCCUGUGAUUACUAUCCUGUGAUAGUAAAAGCCAUUACUGAUUUAUGAAGUUAUU